GAACCACUUCUGGUAACAAUGCUUAGAUGUUGUUGUAUGAAGGGAUAGAUGAAUGACUGUUGAUGAAAAAUAUACGAAAUAUUUCGGUAAUUAUCAGUUCAGCCUAAUGUGUGCAUUCAUAUCGGUAAAUUUAUGUGCUAUGAAAGCCAAUUUUGUAAUUUUGAUGCCAAAUGAUUAUCAACCACCGUACUAGCGGUAUUUUAGUAGAUCACCAGUUAUUUUCUCCACGUAACAAAAAAUUUACUUCCAUACAAAGUUAAAGAAGAAUGGCCAUGCAGCGUUUUUUCACAUAUUUUUGUCAGACGUUUCAGCUGAUGCUCGUUGUCACAGCAUGUACUACCCUAAGGGAAGAAUGGCGUUGAAUGCAUCGUUGUCUACGAUACAACCAACUGCUGCGACGAUAACCUGAAAUAUAGUACAGAAGGACACACAAAAGAUCUGCCAACAUCAUUCCUUUCAUUUUCAGCUUUUUGCUCUCCUAAUUAAAAAAAUUGUGCACACCCCCUUGAAAUGGUGAAAUCAAAAGGAAAAAAGCGCUACAACACGCCACUGCGUCCGUUUGAGUCUGACCGCCUGAUCAGUGAAAUGAAACUCAUCGGUGAGUAUGGUUUGCGCAACAAGAAGGAGUUGUGGAUCUUCAAAAACAUCACUAACACGACAAAAAAGCGUGCCCGUGAUCUUCUUAUCACAAACAGUAACGAAGAACUGAUUUUUUGCGGCCGCGCACUCCUCGACAAGUUGGUCUUAACGAAAGUGUUUGGUGAUGACGUGUCUCUUAUCACCAAGGAGGACGUCACAAAAAAUUUGGAGCGAGUGCUUGAUUUGGAGGUGAACUGUUUUUUGGAAAGGAGGCUACAGCACAGGGUUUUUGAGUUGGGAAUGGCGAACAGCGUGCACCAUGCGAGAAAUCUGAUAUACCAAAGGAAGAUCAUGGUUAAGGGAAGGAUCGUUAAUAAGCCCGGGUAUGUCGUGACCGGCAAUGAUGAAGCCUACAUUGAGCUGAAGGAAGUGCCUGAAGGGAAGAAAAAGGGCGAGCAGGUGGCUAAGGUAGCGGUAGAGAGUUGAGUAAAAGCUAAUGAUUAAGAA